GCCCCUGCGCGAUCGCCGCAUACCCCGGUCAUUCUUGACGCAGCUCCAUGUGAAAAUAGCAAUUUGAUUAGCGAUCCUAACUAACCCCAUUGGCUAGCCCACCUACAUGGGAGAUUACGUGCAAAUUUCUAUUUCUGCCUGCCUGAUCGUUCUAGAAGCCUGAUGUCCUGAAGUUUGGGGCUGACAGCAUUACAGAGAACAAAACAUGAAGCGGCCCCUUUGCCUUAAACACCUCCUACUUGGUGUCCAUAUGUAUCGAGAUAUCCCGUCGGGGGAUUAUGGAAGUUUCAGACAGCUAGAUAGCUUGUCAUGGCUUCUCCAACAGCCUAUCCUCCCGGCGUGAGUCCGCCUCUCACGACGGACAAUGAGAAUGACCACAGCGGGUUGAUUGUGAUAAUCACCGCUCUUUUCUUGGUUUUUGUUUUGAUUUCUGUCGCGGCGCGGGCUUUUUCCUCAUACAAAAGGCAUCUUAUUCAGCGUGAUGAUUAUUUUUUUGGCGUACUUGUGGCUGUGGCAAUAUGCCACGCAUCUCUUGUUAUGACACAGGUUCAUUAUGGCUGGGGUACUCGAAAAGAGCCAGCCACUACCACGGACAGUCGCAUGCUCAAGAUAGGAUAUGCGGCGGAAAUUCUCGCUAUUGUUGUUUUGGGUCUCUCGAAGAUCACUACCUGCAUUUUCUAUGGGACAUUAUUCUCCCAGAUGCAGCAUCGGUCCAACCGCAUCGCGUUCGCAGGAAUGAUAAUAUGGAUGGUUAUGGCUAUGCUUCUACUGGCAAUUCGCUGUAGUCAUGACCCAUGGUAUGAUAUCAGCGCAAAUCAGUGUGGGAGUCUACUUUCGCGCUGGGAGGUUAUUACAGCGGUUGAUAUCUUCACUGAAGUCGUUCUCUUCUUAUAUUCCGGACUGGCAAUCUACAAAGUUAAAAUACCAACGAAGAAGAAACUAAUAGUUUUUCUAGCUCUCGAGAGUCGACUAAUACUCGUCCCACUCGCAGCGAUUCGCUUUUACUUCACCAAACGACAAAUCGACUCCAAGUAUCCAAUUCUUCUUGGAGCCUUCGCAACCAUCACCACCGAAAUAUACCUUUCCUUCAGCGUCAUCUGCCUCGUGAGCGCAUUUAUAAAGUCGUUCCUGGCGGUCUACGAAGACAAGAACGGGCUUGCCUACACGGAGGGGGGUUCUGGAUUUGGAUCUAGUUCGAUCAAGCAUAGCUCAACAGCAACUGCUUCUAAUCCACGGUCUCACACAUCUCAGAGGUUACAGCGACUCAUAGGUCGAGAGGACGAUGAAGAGCCAAUGAUUGAUCCUGUUCAUGGGUCCGGGGGACUUCAGAUUGUCAAGACCGUACGGCUAAGCUUGCAUAAUGAAUCUAUAGAGCUUGCGGAUCGCCAUGUGGACACGAGACCGCAGGAUUAUAAUUGA